GUCCCCGUCGCGUUUCCCCUUCACCCCUCCAUUCCCCUACAAACCCGCGUUCCCCCUCUCCCUCUCCCUCCUCUUCUCUCUCUCUCUCUCUCUCUCUCAUCGCCACCGCGGAAGGAGACGAGCCCUACGAGCGGCGGAUCGAUCGACGGCGAGAUGAGCGCCGGCGACCUGCUCGGGAUCGAGCCCCUCGAGCUCAAAUUCCCAUUCGAGUUGAAGAAGCAGAUCUCGUGCUCGCUCCAGCUAUCUAAUAAGACCGACGAUUUCGUUGCUUUCAAGGUCAAGACGACGAGCCCGAAGAAGUACUGCGUUCGGCCCAACACGGGGAUUCUGUCGCCUCACUCCACGUGUGAUGUCGUUGUUACAAUGCAGGCGCAGCGGGAGGCUCCUCCUGACCUGCAAUGCAAGGACAAGUUUCUUGUUCAGAGUGUGGUCACGAGCGCCGGCACUACCGCGAAGGACAUCACUGCUGAGACGUUUACAAAAGAGUCGGGGAAUAAGGUAGAUGAGGUCAAAUUGCGUGUUGUCUAUGUUGCACCACCUCAGCCGCCAUCUCCGGUUCCUGAGGAAUCUGAGGAGAGCUCGUCACCUAGGGCUUUUGAAUUGGAUAACGGGAAUCUUACAUCCAGAGAACUUGUAAGUGCAUCAAGAGAGGAUGCAGAGCCUCAGGAAAAAUCUUCGGAGGCCGCAGUUCUGAUCUCAAGGUUGGCUGAAGAGAAGAAUUCUGCUAUUCAACAGAACAAGAAGCUUCGACAAGAACUGGAGCUUUUGAGGCGAGAGGUCGGUAAACAACACGGAGGUUUCUCCUUCACGUUCAUGUUGGCGGUCGUGUUGCUCGGAAUCCUAAUGGGCUAUAUUUUGAAAUCUUUGUGAACACACAAUAAUAAUCUUUCCUAGCAUCUGUUUCCCGUCGGCGAUUCUGACAGGAAAAAGGGUAGAAAGAGAAAGACUAAAUGCCCCCUCAAUGCUUCAUGCUCUGUGUGUGUGUGUGUGUGUGUGUGUGUGUUGUAGAAUUAGAAACACACUAAUGAAAGAGUCCUCUCACACAUCCAUUCCUUUUUGCUUGUAAUUGAGUGCUUAUUGGAUUUAACUUUUAGAUGUAAGUUAAUGUUCUUCUUGUCAUGUUACAAGAGUGAGAAUAGUGGAUUUAAAAUCUCA